GUUUGAUGUUUGAAUUCUGUUCUGCUGUUUAUUUCGAAGGCGGCAGUACGAAUGACUCUCCAAAGUGGUAUUCACGCUGACCCAUAUGAAACAUCUAAACUAGCAGAUUGUAAAAGCCUUUCGUAUAGAGCCGUGAAGCUCAUCAUAGAUAAAGAAAAGAUAGUUUUACUUAUGAAAAUACCAUCUAAAGGUUCUUGGGAAGAUGAUUUUGAUGUUGCGAUGGGGAAGCUUUUAGAUGCCAGCUCUCCGUGUUAUGUGUUUUAUCGUCUUGAUUCCGUCAACUCUUUUGGAAGCGACUGGAUUUUUAUAUGUUAUGUUCCUGAAAGUUCUGACGUGCGUCUAAAAACGAUAUAUGCAGCCACUAAAGCAACUGUUCUUAAGCAGUUUGGAGAUAACUUAAUUAAGGAUGAUAUAACAAUAAAUUGUGUGGGUGAAAUGAACUUAAGGGCCUAUAAAAAAAUUAUGGAAAGUAAAACUGCACCUGGACCUUAUACUGAAGCUGAAAUUGAGGUGGCUGGCAUACACACAGGAGAAGUAUGUUGAGAUUUCAUUCAUAUACCUAAAGGUGACCACUGGACUGCAUUCCAGCUAUCAAACAAUCGGUGGUGUUUCAUUCGCGCUUAGUCCUGAUUCUCGCUCUGUGUUAAAGAAUUUUGGUUCGGGAGAGUGUGAUUACGUUCAGUUAGUAAGUUUGGUCAAUGUGUAAAACGUGUUAAGACAGUUAAGAUUGAUCUUCUACAUUCUAGUUGGGAUUUUAAACACUGAAACGAAAUUAUUACAUACUUAACCUAUGGCAUGCAUUACUUGUACUCUGUGAUGAAAAACGUUAUUUUAAGAGUGGUACUUAAGAAAACAGGGACAAUCAAAGUCACACAAGUCGCUUCGUGUAUGCCCAUGUUACCUACGUGCAUGUAAUGAGUCAUAUCACAUCACACGGACAUUUCUAUUUGAACUGAGGUAUUCCGUAUUAGGAUUUGUAUUAAAAACCCAUUCGUUGGUUCUCAACAGAUAGAAUGGACUCGGUGUUCAACAUCUAUCAAUUUGUGUAUGACAAAUUAAACUACAAAACCCUAUAUUUUCUCUGUUAAAUUGUUUAUUAAAUUCAUUUUGUUUAGUUGCUGAUUUUAAACCGUGCUAAUAACUAUGGUGGUAUGUCAUUUUAAUAGAAGUGUACUUCGGUAUAAUUGAUCUGGCGUUUUCUUUGUAUUAUCUCUCAAUUCACGACGUGUAGGUAGUACAUUCUGGUGACUUCUAUUGUAAUUAGCGGAUAAGAAAGACUUCAAAUGAAUAUUCAAGCAAUUAUACUUCCAUAAAAAGUAGAAUAGUUUGUAUUUGGUUUGUUACUAAGCUGAUAGAGGUUUCAUUUUAACUUGGAAUCAUUUUGUCUAAUUUCUCAUUCAUUUAAGAAGCAGAAAUGAUAUGCUUUAUCCCGGCCAAUAAAAAGAAAUGUGAUAUCCUUAGUGAAACUAUCAAAGUUUGCGGGACUCGUGAACAUAUUACGCCAAAACAAAUAGCAGAAAUUUGUCCAGAAAAAGAAGGUCGUUAUCAUCUUUUUCGUUUCCGUUAUAUGCUUGAAGGCGAGGAACAUUCUGCUACCUGUAAGUUUAACAUGCAUUUCAGUAAGUACUUUUUUAGAACUCCUGUAGAAAAUUUUCAUUAACUUUGCUUUUGUUGAGGUAUUCCAAAAUACUCUAUCCGCUC